UCACUACACUAUUUUCUGCUCACCCCACGGAUCAUGGUGGGGUGGGAAUGAGAAGUUGGCCGUUCAGCGCCACAUUUCUGCCAGAUGGGGCGCAUCCACAUGUUUUUGUCGUUUCGUGCCUCUCGGGGCUGCACUGCGACCUCUCGCUGCAGUUGAUGAUUGGUCAUAGCGAGGAAAUCGAUAGCCAGGAUCGCCAUCUAGCUGGCUAUCGAUCACCAUCUAGCUGUGAACGAUGGGUUUGUGGAGCGCGAGUCAAUGGGCGCGCUCCGGAUGAGCUCGUCAACCUUCGUAAGAGGUGAUCUAACGGAACGGAACGGAACGGAAUGGAGGAGAAAGGAAAAAAAGGAAAAGAACCGAACGGAAAACGGACGGGAAGGAAGCAGCAUAGGCAGCAAGAUGCUUUGUGGCCGAUCGUCUGACUGAAGCAACACAGGCGGGGGAAAAGGGAGGCCGCGAAGUCGGUGACACGUGUUUUUGGGGCCAAAGGAUGACGUGACAACGUCGAGGACGAUGGAGGGGGAACGGGGCAUGUUGGGGCCAAAGUAUGACGUGACAACGUCGAGGACGAUGGAGGGGGAACGGGGCGUGUAGAAACCUGGUAGCGGGAGAAGGACCGUACCACGAUCUCCGACGCGGGGGGUUUCGAGAUUUCGGAUUUGAAUUUGGCGGUGCUGUGUAGAAAUGGAAGGAAAGUAAUUAAAUGACAACAUCGUCGCCACUCCAGUUGUCGUUGUUGCUGUUUUAUGUUACGAUCAUUUCGAAGGAACUGAAGGAGUCUGGAGGUGAAUCGCGCCGUAAACCGCAGCGGAAAGGAAAGACAGGUGGGCUAUUUCUGUGCAACUGUGGAGGGAUAGGAAAGUAGAGGAAAAAGAUAAAGGGAGAAAUAUAGAGCAAUCAAGGAUCAUCCAAGCACUGGACGGCAGAGAAAUGAAUGCGCCUUCACCGGAGACUGCUAGAAUGAAUCGGGCAUAUCGUGCAAAUACAAGGAAGCGGCAGAGAGCAGCUACCGCUAUGGUGGCAAUGGCUACGAACUCCCAGAUGAUUUGUAUGCAAGCAGUUCGAGCAAAGGGUGCUGUGGUUGGAUCACGCUCAAAGAGGAGGCGACCAGAAACCUCAACAUCAGUCACCAGUGCAGCCCCUGAAAUUGUGGGCGUCAGGGCAGUCCUUGAACCGGUAGCAGAGUCAGGGACAAUGUCGUUCACAGUUCCUGAAGCCGCUCCGGGUACAGAAGCUGCACCAUUAGCAGGACAAGGGUCUGCAGCACCGGAAGGACCAGGGUUUGCACCAGUAGCUGUACCAGUGUCUGUAUCAGCACAAGCACCAACAUCUGUACCAUUAGCACUACCAGGGUCUUUAGGAGUAGCACUAGCAGCGGCACCAGGGUCACCAGCAUCACCAACUGCGGCCAGCUGGGCUGCUGAAACUGGUACAAGUUUUGAUGGUGCUGCUGGUGUUCCUGAUGCUGCAUUGCUGCCGUCUUUGGGUAUGUGGGAAGAAGCAUUUGAAGCAAGCAUGGCAGAAGCUGUAGGGAGAGAGGCAGAGGAAGAAGAGUCCAGGUUCGAGCAGAUUAGGAUUGAGCAUUCUUUUUUCCCUGUGACCACCGAGCUAUCGGUGGUCAGCAUACGGAACAAUUCCUCAGCACAAGCAGUAGAUCUUGCUGGCACGGCAUCGACAUCGACAAGCAACAGGAGCAUGGAGUUGGGUCUAUCUUCGAGACCUAUCGAUGUCGAUGAUGAUGAGGAUGUGCGGGAGGUGAGUCCUAGUAGUUGCCCAGCCUCAAGACCUCGACGAGAUCGUCGUUGUAAUGGAGGAUAUGGUGCAUUUGUUGCAGCUGCAAACAUCCGUAUAUUGUCAAACGUGGCAGUCGCACAAUCAAAUGGAGUUACGACAAUCGACCUGGAAGCAUCACCUCCUCGAGUUGAUUUGACAGCAGCUGAUGAUGCUUGCGGCUCCGAUGAUUGCAUCGUGUUGUCUGAAACUCCACAGAACAUGUCGGGUGCCCAUCUGCUGGGCAGUAUUUUGCCACAGCUCGCUAGUGAAGCGAACAUCCCUAUCACUAACAAUGGAUUUGGGUAAACCAAAGUCCCGUACCCAGUUAUCCAUAAACAGCU